GCAAGAACAGCAGCACCACUCCUGUUUCUCAAACUCAGGACUGUGCCUCUCUUCAGCUUUGCCAAGCUUGUGUGAGUACUACAGAUUCUAAGGAUUUAGCAGACUGUCCCAUGAAGAAGACUUUUCUCAUAAACAACAUAUUUCAAAGCUUUCAUGGGAAAUUCCAUUUCUGGUUUGACUCAUCUUGCUGCUUUAUGUAAGUGUGAUUAGUGGGAGCCUUCAUUAUCCUCCCUGCAGUCCUCUUUCACUUGAUCAAGAAGCUCUGCUGUGAAGAGAGAGCUGAGCUCCCAUGCCUGGAACAAUGAGAGUGAAGAAAACACUGCAAAGAAAAGUCCAGAGCUCAUGAAGGCCUUGGUUUUGAAGGACAAGAAAUUGCUUCCCAGCUGACACUCUCGAUGGCAAUUUCCAUUUCAGACUAAAUCUCAUGUGUCUGAGUGAUAAACCUUUGAAAACAUGGGCUUAUAAUGGAAACACUAAGUCAACUUUAACUACAGCUGUGCAGUGCAAGAAAAAUACCAGCUCCCCGAAUUGAAAGUGACAUGCUGGCAAAGCUGAACAACUGAUCACCAGACACUGGCAUAGUGUUAAACAUGGCUUCUGAGGCUGCUCACAAUUUCCUCCAGCCACUGUCUACUUGGAUGUCUCAAGUAUAUGAAGCAAUCCAGCAAGCAGGAGACUCCAUAUCUGCCUCUCUGCUGAAUCUGAGUGGAGUGGGUCGGAAGCCAGAAGCAGAAAGGACCCAGGACUUGGAGAAUAAUGGAGGAGUUUAUGAGGAUUAUUCUGAGGAAUUAGAUGAUGAACAGGACCUGGACCUUUGGGAUGAGGACUAUUUCUACCCUAGAGAUGACAGCUACAUUGGAGGCCCUGAUCUUGCUUCACAAAACCUCCCUCAAGGCUCUGACAUGGAUCUACAGAGGCACAAAGGGGUUAAAACCACCAGCACCUUGCCAGAGCAGUGCGCUGAAAGCAGCAGGACCUUGACAGCCAAUGGAUCCUACUGGAUGAGUGAGGAUCUCCAGCCUCCUGAUCGGCUUCCUCCCAUUGCUGAGGAAGAAGGUGAGCCCUCCUGGAGGAUGGGAGCCCAUGAGCACAGCCUCAGCUUGGGGGGCUCCUUGCACAGUGCCAAUGGCACGGCACGCUGUGCAGAUCUGGAUGGACUAAGCCAACUGAGUUACCAAGACAACCUCUCCUGUCGUGAAGAUGACCAUGCAUCUGUUGAUUCAAGAACAACAACCAGGAGUAGGGGCACUGGGCAGCACAAAGGGCCCAGGAUGGAGCCCAGAACUGGGGAUGGUGUCAGCCAGUCACACAGGGAAGGACGCCUGGAAAUGGAGACAGCAUUUGCCAACCAGGAAUUGGAAGUAAAUGAUGCUACUGACAGCUCAUCGGCUUGGAGCCCUGAGGAACACAACGAAGUGAACAGUGUGCCAGCUCACCAUUGUGCCCACGAGCCCAUCUGCAAAUGUGGUGACCUGGAUGUCCUCUUCACCUACAAAUCCGCAAGCCAGAAGCUGAUAGCCACUGUCCUGGAGGCCAGGGACAUCCCAGACAAGGACCGCAGUGGCGUCAACACCUGGCAGGUGCACGCAGUUCUGAUGCCGGGCAAGAAGCAGAGGGGCAAAACCAGUGUGCAGAGAGGACCCAUCCCCAUCUUCCAGGACAAAAUCACCUUCAGCAAGCUGGAGCCAGAGGAGCUGAGCAGCCACGCCGUUCGCUUCCGCCUCUACGCCGUGCACAAGGUGCUUGGGGAGAAGAUGAUGGGGGAGCAGCUCUUCUACCUGAGGGGCAUCAGCCAGGAAGGGGAGGUGAAGGUGACACUGCUCUUGGAGCCACGGAGUAACCUGAGUAGUGCAGAUUCUCAGCUGAGUCUGUCAGCAAUCUCUCACAGUGAUAGCGCUUCCUCAACACAGUCCCUGUCGCAUGGAGGGGUGCCAGAGCUGCUCGUGGGACUGUCAUACAAUGCCACCACGGGGAGGCUGGCAGUGGAGAUGAUCAAAGGCAGCCAUUUCAGAAACCUUGCCAUUAAUAGGCCACCUGACACCUAUGGGAAGCUCUGCCUGCGCAACUCGGUGGGUCAGGAGAUGUCUCGCUGCAAGACCUCGAUCCGCCGGGCACAGCCCAACCCUGUCUACAAGGAGACUUUCAUCUUUCAGGUCGCCCUCUUCCAGCUCUCUGAGGUCACCCUGCUGAUCUCCAUCUACAGCAGGCGCAGCCUGAAGCGCAAGGAGAUGCUGGGCUGGAUCUCCCUGGGCCACAGCAGCAGCGGGGAGGAGGAGCAGAGCCACUGGCAGGAGAUGAGGGAGGCACAGGGGACACAGGUCUGCAGGUGGCACACGCUGCUGGAGUCCUAGUGGGCACCAAGGGCUGUCUCUCCUUGAUCUCUGCCAGCAGAAUCCAGCUCUGGCAGGGCACACAGCUUUCACCUGCCCCCUCAGUGGCAGCAGCCAUGGGUAUCAGAGGUGGCAAGGCCUGGGAAGCAAGUUUAGUUCUUGCCUUACCAGCUUGCCCUGCAUUUUCUACAUCGCCAUAACCCUAGUGAGAAGCAGUGGGAAUACUUGGAAAAUCCUUUCCUUGGACAUUGUCUUGCUCAUUUUUCUAUAGGCUUAAUCACCACAGACUGAUUCUGAUGGGAUGCUGUUUUCUUCUGGGGUAAACUCUCACUUCCCCCUUUUCCCUUAUUUGUAUUAAUGAAGUUUGCAAAUAUUCUUGCCACGCAGAUAGCUCACAGAAAAGCUAACCUGCAUGCAGAGCACAUUCUCUCCCUUUUAUUAUUGUGUUUCUAAGUCCUAGAAAAAAGCAUUUGAUACCACUGUAGACUGGAUGAUAUAUUUUUCAGGCAGCAUGAGAAAGCACUCUUGAAUUCUCUGUCAACUUUUAAGUGCCUAGACUUUCCUACUGUUCUCCUGUACUAACAAUUGAUAUAAGGACUAAAUACUACUGGUAUUUUUAAUUAGGCACCUGUUAGCCUGCAUUCACAUAGGUUUGCAAGGAGAUAACAAACAUCAGUUUUAUAUUGCAUUAUACAAUGCAUGUUUAGAUGUUUACUUGAAGUUAUGGCUUCUGUCAUCACAAAUACCAAAAAAAGACCAGAACAAACUGCACAGCCACCUUUGUGCCUGAAUCACUCCUUUCUGCAUUGUUUUGCCCAUGUGUUAAUGUGAUUUUUAGAACUGAGGUUCAUUCAGAAAAGCAUUCCUGUGAGCAUUACAGGAGAGGGCUUCAGACCUGUGGUUUUUCUCUGGUUCAGCAAAGCACUACUCAGUUUGCUGAGGGUUCUUCUUCAAAUCUCCUGUAAUAUCUCCUUGGGAUAUGGAAGGGGACUGGUUCUGGCAUGCUGAGCAGCAGAGGAUGCCAGACCAUGUCACCUAACCUGGGGAAGGAGCUCUCUUGCAAGCCAGGAAUGGGAUCCAGAAGGGUCCUGGCUCUGCUGAAAAGAAUUGUGCUUCCUGCCUCCAACUGAGAGCAAUGCAAGGGGCAGCCUUGCUGGAUGAGGUGAUGACACUGUCACGUGGUGACUUUUCAGACUGUGCUGUCCUUUUCCAUUUUAAUCUCUUUUCCUGUCUCUGGGAGCUGAAGUCAUGGAGAUGAUGGAUGGAGGAUGUGUCUCAGUCUGCUGCUUGGCUAAGUGGUUGUUGUUGCAGUGCUGUGUGUGACACAAAGGAGAGUGUUCCUCCUCAGUGGAAUGUAGGCAGUGAGGUGCUGAGAUCUCCAAAUGCUAUCAGCUGCCCAAUCUCCCAUUCCCCACACUCUCUAGGAGAGGACUGUCUUUCCUCCAUUCCUGCUGAUGACAGCAAGACACAGGAAAUAUUUUGCUGAAGAGCUUUGUCUGUACUGAGUCACUUCAUGGUUUGCUUUUGCCAUUUACAGAGACCUGGCACCAAAUUCUGCCUCCUCCUGCACCACAGCCACUUCCUUCGCUUCAAUGGUGCUGUGCAAAUCUAACUAAUGCAAAUUUUGGCACUGGCUGUUUGACCAAGAUUGGUCCUUGGUGCUGGUUUUUGUCACAUCCAGGCUAGACAGGCCCUGAGGGCACUCACAGGUUAUCACUUGGUGUCACAGAGGCUCUGUCUGGCCAAGGAGGCAGACAGAAUAAUCUGCACAGAGAAGCACUUCUGCUACAGGUGAUACAAGCUAUUCUACAGACCACACUCUUGUACCUUCUUAUCACCUGUCUGAGCAUCAUUUUUCCAGGGAGACUGCUGGGUAUCCUAUGCAGGAGGGUUUUCCUCCACUGUCUAGAUAAGCUGGCAUGUCUGCUUUGCACUACUGGGGCUUUGAAACACAAAACAGGGUUUAACCCAAAUGCAGCUCAUCCAGCAAAUGUGUUCUUGACUGCACUGUUAAAGCUGCUGUAUUAGCAAUGCAAGAAAAGUGAACAUCUGAGUGAUAAUCAGCAGAAUAGAAUUUCAUUUAUCAUACACUUUUCUGCUGGGGAAAAUUAAAAAAGUAGAGGAAACAGCCCAAUUCAAAAGGCUGAUUCUAGUUAUUUUCCAAUCUCUACAUAUUUUUUGUCCUGAACUGCAUAAAAUGGAUAUGCAAGUGUUUAUAAUUAAUUUUUAUUACCUGGAAUGUGUGGGUGUAAUAAACUUACUGAGAUUCUGUUCAGAACUUCUUGAACCUGCAAAGCCUUGCCUAUGCUUCAUGAUUAGCUAAGGAAAAAGUGUAAGUUCAUAAUACAUUUCAGCAGUGAACUGGAGAUAACCCAGAUUUAUAACAGCAUGAUUAAAAAAAAACCUAAUGAAAAAGAUAAUUUAAAAAAACAAUGAGGUACACUGGGUUUGGACUUCCAUGCUGUUUUCACAUUAAGAUCUUUUCUGAAGAUACAGCAUUAAGGGAAUUGAAUUUUAAUAUAUAAUUUCAUUGUAGAGUUUUUGGAGUCAGAGAAAAGCAAGUGAAAAUGGCUUACUUAGAGUAAGUCAAUACCUAAGCAUGUGUUAAAACUUUGCUGUCCAAGGGAAGCAGGUUGCUGCAUCCUUGCUGCCACAUUUUACCCUUCUAUUUUGUCAAAAAAUGUUGGAGAGAGGGGGCAAGGGCUGUGGCAGAGGGACCAUUGGGUUUUUAGAGCUACUGCCAAACCUCUUGGCACAUCCAUGCCUUGAGAAGUGCUUUUGUGGGGUUCUUUAUGUUCCUAGUAAAGCAAGGGAGAAAUUUAGGAAUCUUGGGGUGAGCAAGGUGCUGGGGGUACUCAUGUUUGCUAUUUAUAUUUUGGGAUUUUUAUUGCUUUUGUGGUUUAUUUUUCCUUCCAUUAUUGACUGUUUGUGAGAUGGAGGCUUUGCAGCAGCUCUGGCAUAUUCCAAAGCUCCUGCAAAUUCUUCCCAUUGACAGAUUGAAUUAGUCAUUGCUAAUAUUGAUACAGGCUGGGCUUGUGCUCAUGGUCUUUCUUCUGUAAACACCACUGCCCUUUUAGUCACUGCUUUAACCCCUUGUUUCCUCUGGAAGUGGCUGACAAGGCUGGAUUUCCAGGAGGUUUUCCAUUACUUGGGAAUCCUGACUGCCACUUGACUUGUGGAUAGGCUGUAGACCCUGUGUUCCCCUGGCCUGUUCCAUGUGGAUGCUGAUGCUCUCUGCUCCUGUGGGGUUCCAGGUGGGGAGAACAGCUCUGAGAAGGCCAUGGGGAUUUCAGGGAGCAGGAUAGGAAUGGAUAACCUGGUUCUGGGAUGCUUGGGAAUUUACAGGUCUAGAUUAUGGACGUUUCCUAAUGCGCUCAUGUUUUCUAAGAUAAUUUGUUCCCUUUUGACACCACUGUUCGCAAUCUCUUUAUAGUUUAUUUGAAUUUUCUUAAAAAAAAAAAAAAAAGGCCUGAAAAUGUGAAAAAGGAUUAACUGAAUUGGCCCAGAGUAUUAUGGGCAAGUGCCCUGGAUCCAUCUCUGUAUCUUGAGCAGCAUUGUUCAGCUGAUUGCAGCCUGUUCUUUCCUUGUUCUCUCCCCAGCCACCAUGCCCUGUCCUGCCAAGCUCUCUGCUGCUAUUUUCUUUUUUCCUUUUUAAUAUUUAUUGACAACAGAACAGAGUGAUCUCACCGUGUUUCUACUCCCCAUAAUAACGGUGAUCUUCAGCUGAUGCCCACAGAAAUGAGCUCCUUUUUUAGCCCACUGAGCCGCAGCAAUGGCUGCUCACUUUGUGAAGUGCCCAUUUGCAAAGGCUUUAUCUGGAUGAUCUUCCACAUCCUUUGAUUUGUCCGGGUUUCCUUUUUGCCAGUGUCUUUAAUUAGCUGGACCCCGCUGUGGCCUGCCUGUUCCUGUUGCUCUGCCUUGUCUCCUUUCCCUCCAGGGGCAGUGAGGGCUGUGCAGCUCCCGGGUAGGUGGACAAUGCUGGCGUGUAUUUUUAGCAGCUGCAGAUCCCGAGGAGUUAUUUGGUGCUUUACACAGCCGACUGAUCUUCAGUCAUGGAUGGCCUUAGAAGUUCCUGGAUGCACAGAUCCAAAGGCUGCCAGCUGCUAUUGAUCAUUUUCCCAGCAUAAAGCUGAAGGUGGCAGCUUGGCAGAGGAGCAGGCUUUUCCUCUGGUGGCAUUUCAUUUUCCCCUUCAGCUGGAGCUGGCAGUGACCUUGGAGAGCUGGCGUGCCUGCAGUGCUUGCUUUCCACUCCCAUAUUUAUCAUCAUUUUUAAUCUGUGUGAUCACAGCACUUCAUCUCUCUGCCUCUCUCUCUCAUCUCUCAUGCCUUCUGCCCUUCAGCAUGAAAACUGGACUGAAAGGCUGAGCAACGAAUAUGGCCUUCUCCAUCAUAUUAUCCCAUCCCAAAAUCGUGAUGUUACUAUCAAGACCUUGCCUUCCUGUUCUCUUGUCCACUUGUAGAGUUUGAAGUUUGUUGGUUGGGCUGUGACACUUAAAUAUUUACAGAGUGACACCUGCUCACCUCCAUGUGGACCAAGUUAAUGACAGAAGAAAGAUCCUGGUUCGUAUUUUUCUUUCUUCCUUCUCUCACGGGCAUUGUGCUCUGCAAAAGGACAACGGAGCCUGCAGGAAUUAGUAUGCAGGAGCAUCCUCUUUCCAUUUAAAAUGUGCUUAGUGUGAUGUUUGCAGCUAUGGGUUGAGGGGGAGAAACAAAGCAGCCAGGGUUUGUAGAGAAGCUCACACUUUGAAUGAGGCAGGUUUUUCCCUCCAGCAUGUGAUACCCCAACAAAUACAUUCUCAUCUCCCAGGAAGCAGUGCUGGCUCUGAGCUCAUCUGCUUCUGUGAUACAAGCAGCCAGAAGAUGACAGAUCCUAAAGCUUGGAAAGGCAUCCAAGAUAAUUCCACAGAGCUGGUCUGGGUGUUUAUUUGGGAUCUGGUGAGGAUUUAACAAGCUGUCAUGCAAGAAAUGAAAACCCCAGGUAGUGGUGGGGGAUAGAGCAGGAGGGGAAGGCUCUUGGUGUGCUUGUGCUGCUUAGAGCUGGAAUUUGCUCACUCCUCACUCCAGAAAGCAGCACAGCCAGGCUGCAGUGGCAUCAAGCCUGAGCUGAAACCCAGUUUCUCUGCCUGACUCUUGAGCUCCAGCUCUGCUGGAGGCACACACAGAUUUUUUAUUCAGUGCAGAGUGAGCUUGUGUCUCCCUGCAGCCUACGCUGUGGGCCCUAAGAAAUGAAUGUGUAAAUAUUUUGUCUCUCACAGCAGCCCAAGGUCAUCUUUCUGGAACAGCAAACAGGCACAGAAUCCAAAGAAGAUCAGUCUGUCAUAUGAGUAAGGUUAGCAUCUGCACUUACAAAUGACAAAGGCUAUUAAUCCUCAUGCUGUAAUCCCCAAGCUGUUUGCCAGCUGGCAGCAGGAAGAUGCUCCUGCUCAACCCACACAGCUAUCCAUGUUUUUUCACCUUUGUAAAGCAGAUAUAGGUCAAUAUUGUAGCCUCAAUAAAAAACUUGGUAGAUGCCAUUCAUCACUUUUGGCAUUACAGUCCCUCUGUUCUCCACACAAACCCUCUAUACAAAUGAAGGGGUAAGAGGAGAGCUCUGGGCUGGGCUCUCCAUGUGCUGCUCCUCCAAAACAAAAGGCUGAAGGUGAGAUUUUUCUUCCUCUUUUUUGCCCCUGAGUUUGUCCUGGGUGGAUGAAUUUUGAGAUCUCUCUGCAAAGCUGAGCAACCUUAGCAAAGCUCUGUCACUAUACAGGUCUUUACACCUAGAUCAGGGAAAACCUAACUCUGGCAGAAGGCAGACAAAAUUCCAGUGGUGGGACUUUUUUUUGGUCUUAAUUUGGGAACCUGCAUAGGAUUGCCUAUCACAGGAGCAUAAACCCCUGAAUCCUCUGAGGUAUCACUGGUGGAGCAGAAGGAAGCUGCAGGUAGUGAUGCAGGUAGGCUGUGAGAGUCUGAUCUCGCACACCAAAAACCUGUAUGGCCACUGGGUCACAGUCAGUAUUGGGCAGCUGGGGUUGGAAAUAGUUGAGGAAGAAGCACAAAAACCAGACAGGAGCUGUGAAACUCCAUUCAGAACUGUUACUUGCUCAUCUCUCAAGGAAAUUGGAAAGCGAUUUUUUUUUUUUGCUGUAACAGAAAUCACAGCUGCUUUGGCAGCUGCAGGUGUGAGGAGCUAAGGAUGUUUCCUCCUUGCUUUUCUAUUUCCUCUGGCUGUGAUGGGGGACAUCAAAUAGACACCAAAUACUCUGGAGGUGUUUGGCCCCUGUAGAGUCAUUCCCAGUGUGGGCUGAUCUUAGUGAGAAACAAAAGACAAAAAGCUGAUAUUGGCCAUGGGUGAGGAACAAGGAUUCAGUGUUCACACAAAAGCAGGAUUCUUCCUGAGCCCCACAACCAUUAAUUAGCUGUGACCUUCAGGGAAGGCACUUCAUGCCAAAUACUUCCCUCUCCCUUCAUUUCUCUUAGGAUAACAUUGCAAAUUUCUGUCUUCAUUAACAACCAGGAAAAAAAAAUAUAAUUUUUCCAGCUUCCCUCAUCCCUGUUAUGUCUUGUUAGCACUUUCCAGGUGUUUUUCCUUCAUGCUGUCUCCACCACUGCUUCUCCCACCCUCUCAUUAAUAUCUGCAGAGAUCUGGUCCAAGGCAGGUCAGUGCCUGGUAGCAAUAUUUUAUGUUCAUGGUGCUCAGGAUAAAACCUGUCCUCCAAUCCCUUAUCACUUUGUAGCACCUCAAGCACAAGUUUUCCAAUUAAACUGGUAUCACAUCUCUGCUGUAUUCCUCUGCUGGCAUUGCUGUGGUUUGUGUCUUGCUGGGCUUUGUUCUCAGCUGUAACUUCAUUGACUUUUCCCAGCAGAGAGUUUUGUUUGUCAAGAAGAGUAAAUGAAGUAAUCAUUUGGUAGACUUAGCAUUUAAAUACUGUGUGACAUUUAUAUGUGUGUGUGUAUAUAUAAAAAAUGGUUUUUAUGGCAGAGUGCCACGGGGCGUUUGCAUGAAGCACAUCUCAAUGUAUAUUUGACUGUUGAUUUAAAUACACAGUAUGUAAUAAGUUAUUUUUAGUGUGUAUUGACUUCUUUCUAUAUUGGAACAAUAUACCAUCCCUGGCAGGGUUUUGCUGUCUCUGUUGUGGGCACAGCUGGACUCUGAGGUGUGUCCUUGUCCUGUUUCCUCCUUGUUUUCCAUGAGGUGGGAUUUGCUCCCCUCAGGAGCUUUGUGGGUGCACAGAUGUCCCUCCUGGGGCUUGGUGCCACAGGACAGAGCUGUGAGUCCCCUACUGCACCUCCCCCCUGGUGUUCAGUAGAACAUUUCACAUUUCUCUAGUAGAACAUUUCAUAUUUCUCCUUUCUCUGCUGCCAUCUCCUCAGCACAGAGAGCUGGCUGGUUUUUGGAGUGAUUCAGCCCUGUGGCUGAGGGAGCACCAUGGAGAUCUCAGCUCCCUUUCCCAGCCUGAGAUCACAGAACCACAGAAUGGUUUGGGUUGGAAGGGACCUUAAAAACCAUCUCACUCCAACCCCCUGCCAUGUGUAAUAUCCCACUAGACCAGGUUCCUCAGAGCCCCAUCCAACCUGGCCUUGAGCACAUCCACAGCCACUCUGGACAAGCACAAAAUUCAUCUAUAAAUCGUUUACUUUAAAAAAUAACAAUACAGACAAAUAAUAAGAAUGCAACGUCCUUAACUUCUGUUGGUGCAAAGGCAAGGCUUCUAGAGCUUCCAUUUAAUGAUGAAUUAUUUUUAUGGUAAAUAAAUCUACAAAGGGAGAACUUUUCCUACAUAAGAAACAAAUUUAUAUGUCCUUUUCACUUUUGUAAAGAUCAAAGAUUUGCACUGAAAAUUGUACCUUGAAUCUAGUUACUGAAUGGUUGGCAUUGAGUGGUGAGGGUCCGCUGGGAUGGUGUGAGUACUGUUUCACUUGCUGGGUAUGGGAUUGAAAGAGAUAUCUGCAGUGCAAAACUGUGAUAAAAAGAUAAAAAGUACAAGGAAAAGAUGCUUAGAUAUUCAGCUGGAAAACUAGUAUGGGUUUAUUCUUAGCUUUUCAUGUAUUUGACAAUGAAACAUUUUUUAUUUUACUUAAGUGCUAACGUGCAUGAUCAUACAAUAUAUUGCCUCUUGCUAAUUAUAUGCUGUGUUAGGAAUACUAAUGUCUGGAUGAUAUCUGACUGGAAAAAAAAAUCAGCAUUAAACCCAGCUUCUGCAGAAUUCUGGGCUGAAACUACCCCUGCACACACACAGCUGUCCACACCUUAGAAACAGUCUUGUUUUGUCAUGGAGAAUGCUGCUGUUACAGGUUUUAUCAAUAAAAGAGA